GAAUCACUGAUUUCUUGUUCUCUAAUUUACCCGACUCUCCUGAAUCUCAAAAUUUUUGGCUCUCUAACUGCGGCGAUGACUGACGGAGAAGACGCAGCGCGACGCCUCACUGCGAUGGCUGACUACCGUAAAAAGCUCCUUUCGCAUAAAGAACUCGAAUCUAGAGUACGCUCAGUGAGGGAGAAUUUGCGAGCUUCCAAGAAGGAGUUCAACAAAACAGAAGAUGAUUUGAAGUCUCUUCAGAGUGUUGGGCAGAUCAUUGGAGAAGUUCUCAGGCCUCUUGACAAUGAACGAUUGAUUGUUAAAGCAAGCAGCGGUCCUAGGUAUGUUGUUGGAUGCCGUAAUAAAGUUGAUAAGGAAAAACUGACUGCUGGGACGAGAGUGGUACUUGAUAUGACGACACUGACAAUCAUGAGGGCUCUUCCACGCGAAGUUGAUCCCGUUGUUUAUAACAUGCUCCACGAGGAUCCUGGUAAUAUCAGUUACUCUGCUGUGGGUGGUUUAUCGGAUCAAAUUCGAGAACUUAGGGAAUCUAUUGAGCUACCUCUCAUGAAUCCUGAGCUCUUUAUUAGAGUUGGAAUCAAGCCUCCCAAGGGUGUUCUUCUUUAUGGCCCUCCUGGUACUGGCAAGACACUGUUAGCUAGAGCAAUUGCUAGUAAUAUAGAUGCCAACUUUCUAAAGGUUGUUUCAAGUGCCAUAAUUGAUAAAUACAUUGGGGAAAGUGCAAGGUUGAUACGAGAAAUGUUUGGAUAUGCACGUGAUCACCAACCCUGCAUCAUCUUUAUGGAUGAGAUCGAUGCAAUUGGUGGACGCCGUUUCAGCGAGGGAACAAGUGCUGAUCGUGAAAUUCAAAGAACUUUGAUGGAGUUACUUAAUCAGCUUGAUGGAUUUGAUCAGCUUGGGAAGGUAAAAAUGAUUAUGGCAACAAAUCGACCUGAUGUUCUUGACCCUGCUCUUCUUCGCCCAGGACGUCUAGACAGAAAGAUAGAGAUCCCAUUGCCAAAUGAGCAAUCAAGAACGGAAAUUCUUAAGAUCCAUGCUGCUGGAAUUGCCAAGCAUGGAGAGAUCGACUAUGAAGCUGUUGUAAAGCUUGCAGAGGGCUUUAAUGGAGCUGAUCUUCGUAAUGUAUGCACGGAGGCUGGAAUGUCAGCAAUCCGUGCAGAACGUGAUUAUGUCAUCCACGAAGAUUUCAUGAAGGCUGUUCGGAAGCUGAAUGAAGCAAAGAAGCUCGAAUCAACCGCACAUUACAACACUGAUUUUGGGAAAGAGUAGAAGUAAGAUUAUUCGUUUCUCAGAGCCAUGGAUAUUAGGGCAGUGCGUUUCCUUUACUUCGCUACCAGCUACAUAAGCUGGAUCUUUUAGAACUCUGCUGCACACUUUAAAACAGUCCUGUUCAUUGGUUCAGUUAUGACUUGUAUUUCCUAAGCGGCUUGAAAAGAUGACCAGCUGCAUUGAAGGGGCAAAAUGUAUGUUGUGUGGUGAGAUUCUUUCUUUUUAAGAAUCCGAAUUUAGUUGCUGGUCUGUUCUAGUUGAUCUGGGAGGUUCAAUUCCAAUGUAGCCAUAUAUGCGGAUUAUUUGGAGCUUCCAUGGAAUGCUGGUCAUUCCAUUGUUCUCGAUAGCACGUCUGGUAUUGUGCUUUUUGUUGUUCCAAAAUGGGUUUUAAAAAAAAGCCAUAUUAUGAUUUGAUCUGAUAACUUUAUUUCUGAUAUCUAGCAUUUGUUUGUGAA